UUCAUAUCAGGGAAAACUUUUUUCAAAUAUUUAGUUUAAUGCCGUAUGUAAUAUAGCAUGUAUAUGUAAAUAAUGUUAAGGUUUCAAAACAUACAGUUCACACCACAGUUUAGCUGGUCAAUAUGUGGGUAAACGACCUAUAACACAUUUAUUGUUUGCUUGAUGUUAUAAAAACUUUUAGAUAUAAAGCCUAUUGUCCUACAGCAGUUCAGCCAAACUCGUUUACACUGAAGUGAUCUGGAGAGUUUCGGGUCGGACUACUAUUCUGAAUGAGGCACAAUAAAGGACAGCCCUAUUUAACGCUGAGGACAAAGGGAUGAUGGACGCCAGGAGCGUGUUAUGUUUGAUAAAAUUACCUCACGUAUUCAGAAGCUCUGCUAUGGACUCAAUAGUGACUUUGUUGAUCCUACUCAAAUCACAAUGAAGGUGAUCCAGGGCCUGUACAGCGGUGUGACCACUGUUGAACUGGACACACUGGCUGCAGAGACCGCUGCCACCCUCACCACUAAACACCCUGACUAUGCCAUACUGGCAGCCCGCAUCGCUGUUUCCAAUCUGCACAAGGAGACCAAGAAGGUCUUCAGUGAUGUUAUGGAGGACCUCUACAACUAUGUGAAUCCUCUGAAUGGGCGACACUCACCAAUGAUUGCUAAGGAGACCCUCGACGUCAUCUUGGCUAAUAAGGAUCGCCUCAAUUCAGCCAUCAUCUACGACAGAGAUUUCUCUUACAACUUCUUUGGCUUCAAGACUUUGGAGCGGUCAUAUUUGCUUAAGAUCAAUGGAAAAGUUGCAGAGCGGCCUCAGCACAUGCUGAUGAGAGUAGCAGUUGGGAUCCAUGAAGAGGAUAUUGCUGCUGCCACUGAGACCUACAACUUGCUGUCUGAGAAGUGGUUCACUCAUGCUUCUCCUACACUCUUCAAUGCAGGCACCAACCGGCCUCAGCUCUCCAGCUGUUUCCUGCUCGCUAUGCGAGAUGACAGCAUUGAAGGUAUCUAUGACACACUGAAGCAGUGCGCCCUGAUCUCUAAAUCUGCAGGAGGCAUCGGUGUGGCCGUGAGCUGCAUUAGAGCUACAGGCAGCUACAUUGCAGGAACAAAUGGCAAUUCAAACGGAUUGGUUCCUAUGCUCCGUGUCUACAAUAACACCGCCCGCUAUGUUGACCAGGGAGGAAACAAGAGGCCUGGAGCGUUUGCUAUGUACCUGGAGCCUUGGCACUUUGACGUCUUUGACUUCCUUGAGCUGAAGAAGAACACUGGUAAAGAAGAACAGAGGGCGAGGGACCUGUUCUAUGCUCUCUGGAUCCCUGAUCUCUUCAUGAAGAGAGUGGAGACCAAUGCAGAAUGGUCUCUUAUGUGCCCAAAUGACUGUCCCGGUCUGGAUGAAUGCUGGGGAGAAGAGUUUGAAAAACUAUAUACUAGAUAUGAAAAAGAGGGCAAGGCGAAGCGUGUAGUGAAGGCUCAGCAGCUGUGGUAUGCCAUUAUUGAGUCUCAGACAGAGACUGGAACUCCUUACAUGCUCUAUAAGGAUGCUUGCAAUAGGAAAAGCAACCAGCAGAAUCUGGGCACCAUUAAAUGCAGCAACUUGUGCACAGAGAUUGUAGAGUACACUAGCAAGGAUGAGGUAGCUGUGUGUAAUCUGGCAUCCAUUGCACUUAACAUGUAUGUCACAGCUGAGAGGACAUUUGACUUUAAAAAGUUGGCAUCUGUUACAAAGGUCAUUGUAAGGAACUUGAACAAAAUAAUUGAUAUCAACUAUUACCCAGUCGUUGAGGCGGAGAGGUCCAACAAGCGCCACAGGCCCAUUGGUAUAGGAGUGCAGGGGCUGGCUGAUGCCUUCAUCCUCAUGCGGUUCCCUUUCGAGAGUGCAGAAGCUCAACUCCUCAAUACGCAGAUCUUUGAAACAAUCUACUAUGCUGCCUUGGAGUCCAGCUGUGAGCUGGCUGCUGAGCAUGGCCCAUAUGAGACCUAUGCUGGAUCCCCUGUUAGUAAGGGUAUCUUGCAGUAUGACAUGUGGGACAAGACCCCAACAGACUUAUGGGACUGGAAGGCACUGAAGGAGAAGAUUGCCAAGCAUGGUGUACGGAACAGUUUACUGCUGGCACCCAUGCCUACUGCUUCCACAGCACAGAUUCUGGGCAAUAACGAGUCCAUCGAGCCCUACACCAGUAACAUCUAUACACGCAGAGUACUGUCUGGAGAGUUUCAGAUUGUGAAUCCUCAUUUGCUGAAAGAUCUCACAGAACGAGGCCUUUGGAGUGAGGACAUGAAGAACCAGCUGAUCGCUCAUAAUGGAUCGAUCCAGGGUAUCCCCACAAUCCCAGAUGACCUGAAAGAGUUGUAUAAGACUGUGUGGGAGAUUUCUCAGAAGGUGGUCCUUAAGAUGGCUGCUGAUAGAGGGGCUUUCAUUGACCAAAGCCAGUCCCUCAAUAUCCAUAUCGCUGAGCCCAACUAUGGCAAGCUCACUAGCAUGCACUUUUAUGGCUGGAAGCAGGGGCUUAAGACUGGUAUGUACUACCUCCGGACAAAGCCAGCUGCAAACCCUAUCCAGUUCACUCUAAACAAGGAAAAGCUAAGAGAGGCAGAAGCGACCAAAAGCAGUGAAGAGGUCAAGGAGCGGAACAAAGCUGCUAUGGUGUGCUCUCUGGAGAAUCGUGAUGAGUGUCUAAUGUGUGGCUCUUAAAUACUUUUUCCUGCUCUUCCUCGCCCCAGUUCCUCUUGUCCUUGUCAUGUUGAUUACAUUUAUAAAUAACAACCAUCUACAGGUGUUUUUUGCAGUUAUUGUAUCAUCUGUGGACCACAUUUUUUUUAAACUGAUAUGCAAACAAACAGUAUUUCACGAGCUUUUGUGGCACUUAAG